AAUUUGUAACGACCUUAUUUGUAUACCUAUAGUUGCGCCGCUGUACUCGAACUUUUUAAAGACCUUGUAAACAUGAGAUUCAAAUCAUUCCCCGUACCUGUAUCUACUCCAUUGACAGCAAUCAGCUGUGCCAUAAAAUAAUAUUUGACUGGAACGGAACUGACAACCGAGCCGAGCACACAGAAGUAAACGGAAAGUGAUGAAGUGACGCUGCGAUUCGAACGAAAACAAAAUUACUCUCCGGUUGAAAUUUUAACAGUUCGUGUAUUUUUGUGACAAUGGAAAUGGCAAAAUCUGUUUUAAUGAAAAUAGAGGAAGAAUCCGGGACGAUAAAAGUGGAAGAAACUACGACGACAUUAGAUACUGUUUCGGAUGUCAUGGAAUCUGAUCUCCCAAUCACCACGAAUGAAGAACGCUCCUUCAGUGAGGCAUCGGUUCUGCUAGAUGGGCUGAAUGUAGUGGAAGCUGACCCUGCCAUCGAUAAAACCGGUAAAACGGAAACGGCUGCAGCAGUGGAUGAUCAAAAUGCCACUCCUAGCUCAAGGCAACACAGCAUGGAUCGUUCCUAUAAGUGCCUCAUUUGCGGGAGAGUGUUCAGGUUCAAAAAUUCCUUUGCAAGACAUACGCGCCUCCACGAUGACGAGGGACUGUACCGAUGCGAGAUCUGCGGCAAAGGAUACAAAUCAAUGUAUAAUCUACAUGAACACAAGAAGAAUCACACAUCCGGUGAGAAUAAACCAUACAAAUGCGACUUUUGUGGAAAAAGAUUCAUUUAUCGCUCUACCCUCCUGAGACAUACGGAAGUUCACAGUGGGGAGCGACCGCACAAUUGCGAUAUCUGCGGAAAAAGUUACAAAUCAGCAAGUCAUUUAAACCAGCACAAGAAGUUUCACACAGCCCAUGAGAAUGAACUGCACAGAUGUGAAAUCUGCGGAAAAGGUUUCGUGUUUCACCACAUACUUGUGAAUCAUUUGGUCUGUCACAGCAACGAACGACGGUAUAAAUGCGACAUCUGCGGCAAGGAAUACAAAUUCGCAACUACGCUCAAUGAGCACAAGAAGUAUCACACAGCCGGUGAGGAUGAACUGCACAAAUGCGACUUUUGCGGGAGAAGUUACGUAUAUCGCUCAGCACUAGUACGGCAUUUGGACACUCACAGCGAUGAGCUACGACACAAGUGCGACAUCUGCGGCAAGCGACAAAAGUCAAGAAGAGCUCUCCUUCAGCACAUGGAAACUCAUAAAGGUAAACGACACAUAUGUGCCAUCUGCGGCAAGAAGUACCAAUCAGCAACUCAGCUAGCUUACCACAUGAAGAUGAAGCGUCACACACUUGGUGAGGAUUCAUCGCACAGAUGCGAAUCCGGGACGAUAAAGGUGGAAGAGAUUACGACGACUUUCGAUACUGUCUUGGAUGUCAUAGAAUCUGAUCUCCCAAUCACCACGCAUGAAGAACGCUCCUUCAGUGAGGCAUCGGCUCCGCUAGAUGGGCUGAAUGUAGUGGAAGCUGACCCUGCCAUCGAUAAAACCGGUAAAACGGAAACGGUUACAGCAGUGGAUGGUCAAAUUGCCGCUCCUAACUCAAGGCAACACAGCACGGAUCGUUCCUAUAAGUGCCUCAUUUGCGGGAGAGUGUUCAGGUUCAAAAAUUCCUUUGCAAGACAUACGCGCCUCCACGAUGACGAGCGACUAUACCGAUGCGAAAUCUGUGGCGAAGGAUACAAAUCAAGGGGUAUUCUUAAGGAGCACACGAAGAAUCACACAUCCGGUGAGGAUAAACCGUACAGAUGCGAAAUUUGUGGAAAAAGAUUCAUUUAUCGUUCUGCCCUCUUGAGACAUACGGAAAUUCACAGCGGGAAGCGACCGCACAAAUGCGAUAUCUGUGGAAAAAGUUACAAAUCAGCAGCUCAUUUGAAUCAGCAUAAGAAGUAUCACACAACCCAUGAGGAUGAACUGCACAGAUGCGAAAUUUGCGGAAAAGGCUUCGUGUUUCACCACGUACUUGUGAAUCAUUUGGUCUGUCACAGCAACGAACGACGGUAUAAAUGCGACAUCUGCGGCAAGGAAUACAAAUACGCAACUACGCUUAGUGAGCACAAGAAGUAUCACACAGCCGGUGAGGAUGAACUGCACAAAUGCGACUUUUGCGAGAGAAGUUACGUAUAUCGCUCAGCACUGGUACGACAUUUAGACACUCAUAGCGAUGAGCUACGACACAAGUGCGACAUCUGUGGCAAGCGACAUAAGUCAAGAAGAGCCCUCUAUACGCACAUGGAAGUUCAUAAAGGUAAACGAUACAUAUGUGCCAUCUGCGGCAAGGAGUGCCAAUCAGCAACUAAGCUAGCUUACCACAUGAAGAUGCAGCAUCACACACUUGGUGAGGAUUCAUCGCUCAGAUGCGAAUCCGGGACGAUAAAGGUGGAAGAAAUUACGACAACAUUAGAUACUGUUUCAGAUGUUAUGGAAUCUGAUCUCCCAAUAACCAAGAAUGAAGAAUGCUCUCUCAGUGAGGCACUGACUCCGCUAGAUGAGCUGAAUGUAGUGAAACCUGACCCUGCCAUCGAUAAAACCGGUAAAAUGGAAACGUCUGCAGCAGUGGAUGUUCAAAAUGCCGCUCCUAGCUCAAGGUUCCUGUCUAAGUCCGCUGUUAUAUAUUUGCCACUAACCGAUAAAGGGCUACACAUCACGGAUCGUUCCUAUAAGUGCCUCAUUUGCGGGAAAGUGUUCAAGUUCAAAUCUUCCCUUGCAAGACACACGCGCCUCCACGAUGACGAGCGACUGUACCGAUGCGACAUCUGCGGCGAAGGAUACAAAUCAAGGGGUAUUCUUAAGGAGCACAUGAAGAAUCACACAUCCGGUGAGGAUAAACUUUACAGAUGCGACUUUUGUGGGAAAAGAUUCAUUUAUCGCUCUACCCUCUUGAGACAUACGGAAAUUCACACUGGGGAGCGUCAGCACAAAUGCGAUAUCUGCGGAAAAAGUUAUAAAUCAGCAAGCCAUUUGAAUCAGCACAAGAAGUAUCACACAGCCCAUGAGGAUGAACUGCACAGAUGCAAAAUUUGCGGAAAAGGUUUCGUGUUUCACCACAUACUUGUGAAACAUUUGGUCCGUCACGGCGACGAACGACGGUAUAAAUGCGACAUCUGCGGCAAGGUGUACAAAUACGCACAUACGCUCAAUGAGCACAAGAAGUAUCACACAGCCGGUGAGGAAGAACUGCACAGAUGUGACUUUUGCGGGAGAAGAUACGUAUAUCGCUCAGCACUAGUACGGCAUUUGGACACUCACAGCGAUGAGCUACGACACAAGUGCGACAUCUGCGGCAAGCAACUCAAGUCAAAAAGAGCUCUCUAUGCGCAUAUGGAAGCUCAUAGAGGUAAACGAUACAUAUGUGCCAUCUGCGGAAAGGAGUGCAAAUCAGCAACUAAUCUAGACAAUCACAAAAAAAGUCACACACUUGGUAAAGAUUCACUGAACAGAUGCGGCAUUUGUGACAAAACUUUCAUUUAUCGUUCUGUCCUCUUGAAACAUAUGUACAUUCACACUGAAGAGCGACGAAUCAGGUGCGACAUCUGCGGCAAGGAUUUCAAAUCAGUAACUCAUUUGAAAGUCCAUAAAAAGUAUCACACAUUCCAUGAGGAUGACUUGCACAAGUGUUCUGUUUGCGGGAAAGGUUUCAUGUUUCGCAACCGACUCCUAAAACAUUUGAACACUCACAGUGAAGAGCGUAAGUACAAGUGCGACUUGUGCGGCAAGCAACAUAAGUCAAAAAGAUCUCUCUACGCGCACAUAGAAGUUCAUAACGGUAAACGAUACAUAUGUGACAUCUGCAACAAGGAGUGCCAAUCAGCAACUAAGCUAGCUUACCACAUGAAGAUGAAGCAUCUCACACUUGGUGAGGAUUCAUCGCACAGGUGCAACAUUUGUGAGAAAAUUUUCGUUUAUCGUUCUCAGCUCUUGAGACAUAUGUACACUCACACUGACGAGCGACAGUGCACAUGCGACAUCUGCGGCAAGGGAUUCAAAACAGUAACUCAUCUGAAAAAUCAUAAAAAGUAUCACACAACUAAAGAGGAUGAGCUGCACAUGUGUUCCGUUUGCGGGAAAAGUUUCAUACAUCGCUACAGGCUCGUUAAACAUUUGAACACUCACAGCGAUGAACGUAAGUACAAGUGCGACAUUUGCGACAAGGAUUUCAAAACAGCAACUUAUCUGAAUAAUCAUAAAAAGUAUCACACAACCCAUGAGGAUGAGCUGCACAAGUGUUCCGUUUGUGGGAAAGGUUUCGUACAUCACUACCGGCUCGUAACACAUUUGAACACUCACAGCGAUGAGCCUAAGUACAAAUGCGACAUUUGCGACAAGCAGUACAAGUCAAAAGUACGUCUCUACAAACACAGAGAAGCACACAAUGGUCAGCAAUCGUAACGAAAGCCGCCAAACGUUUUGCAGUUGCAGAGCAGUUGAGUCCUCAGGAAACCAUUCACCUUGCAACACAAAGCCCUCAUAACAAUAUUAAAAUAGCCAAAUGUAAAAUAUGCAGUUACGGUAUAUGGUCUUCUAAAAGCAAGGAUCAAUUAGCGUAACACUAAGUAACACUCGAUAGUUAACCAAAUAAACGGCGGUAACGGAACA